AUGUCCUCGGAUCCAUUGCUUCCCAUUGCGCCUGCGAGGGCAAGAGCGCUCUUGCUGCCGCUGGGAAAGAUCAAGGCGCAACGUUUUGCCGAGUUUGUCAAGAUACUACAAGGCGAAUAUGUCGUUCACCUCAGGGACAUUAGUGCCGACGGGAGGCCAAAUAGAAACAUGUUUUCUCCGUUGGCGUAUCCCGACGGUGCAAUGCUCUACGAUCUUAUAACACACCUGCCGCCUGCGUCGCACCUCUCCUUGUCGCCCUUCGAUCUAUACCGUCAACCACUAGUUCUGAUUGCGCUAGCGGACGGGGAGGAGCUUCAAGGCAAGACGUUCAGCAAGAGGUACUCGGCCAGUAGGGCGGCGACAAUCGUCGAGAGGAAUAUUCACGCCUUGUACCAAGAAUUAGAGGAGUUAAGAGACAAUUACCCCAAGGUACUUGUGCAUCAAGUCGUUAUUUUUGAUUACGCCCCUCCCGAGGGAAUGGACAUUCCUAUGCCAGAUGGGAUAGUGGCUGUUCCACCCAAGGACAGGCGAAAGCGAACGACCAUAAAGACUGUCAUGUGCGAUGUCUCCUCGUUAGUGCUAGCAGAGAUGACGACGCUGGCAAAGUCAUUCGAGGCGAUGACUACAAUUGAAUCUCCAGGAUCAUUGUCCGCGAGAAAUAUGGAUGGCCAUACAUGGGGUAGUAAUGGUGACGGAAGCCCUGUGUCAAUAUCAAGACGGAAUUCGCAGUUUUCGCAGCCCCAGCCACUGUCACGGUCUAACUCGACGUCGAGCGUUGCGGACAAGACACAGGCAAGGCUGUCCAUGCCGCUUUCCACGUCGAGAUCAUCGAGCAAUGCAGCUGGACGGCCGUCAACGCCGCCACGGAGUGGGUUGUCCGCCACUCCGAUGAGCCCUGAGGACGGACGGAGUGGAUCCAGCACCGGGCUGUCAAGUCCGGAGCAGAAGCCGCAGAGGCCGGACCCGACCAACUCGCCGGAUGUUAGUCGAGAUCGGGUUUCUGUGCAAGGAUUUGGGCCUGGCGGUGCCAAUGAUCGAUGGAGGCUGCGUGGCAAAGGGCGCGCGUCCGUGCUCGUUGGAUCAAUAUAUCUGCAGGCAGGACGGUGGAGCGACUCACUCAGGGAACUAUCCGAAGGCGCAACAGCUGCUCGCUCAUUAAACGACCACAUUUGGCAUGGAAAGGCCCUGGAGCUUAUCAUCAUGAACCUGGUACUCCUGGGCUGGUCGAGACUAGAGUUCCAAGUACCAGCAGUGUGCUUGCCGAAUCACGAGCGGCCCGUGAGCAUGUCAGGACUUCUCAAGUCAGAAGCAGACAAUGCCGAUUCUUCACAGCCUAGGCACAUACGCCAUCUGCAGAGUCUACUUCCUGAGCUCCUCGAUAGAAUCCUGGGCCUGUACUCUCGAAUAUCUAGUGAAAAUUUGCCGCCACUGCCUCUGGCUGAGACAACUGUUCGAUUUUGCAAACUGCUGUCAGCCAUGCAUUUCAGCGGCGGCAAGUUGGAUGAGAAGGCUUUGGACGCUAUUGUCACGGGCGAACUGCCGUACCUGCCUCCAUCAUCCUCUCCUCAAUUUACUGUGACACCAUCAAGGCAGCAGAUUAUGAACAUGUUGUUCAAGGCAUUUCCAUCGUCGGGCGCGGAAAUUCUGACCAUUGCUGACAGAACGUCAAUAUUAAGCGGUAUUGCGAAUGUGCUAGGGGCAUUAGGCUAUCAUCGGAAAAAGGCCAUGGUGAUCCGUGAGCUGGUGUCGGUCCUCAUUGACGGUCUUGUGGAGGCUCGUACCCGUGGUGCGGCCGAGGCAGGGAUUCAUCCGGCUGCGGGUUUGGUCUCCCUGGUUCCGGGUAGCGAAAAGCCCAGUGCAGCGGGAGUUGCGCUGGACCUUGGGGAGGGCGACAUCGAAGACGGCAUUGAGCCGUUCCUGGAUCUAUUGUGCAGGUCAUAUGGUGUUGUUGGCUUUGACAUGCGCAAGAAUCGCAGCGGGCCUGAUGAUUCUGAUUCUGCAACUGUUGCGAGGCUUCUCAUCCAAUCUUCGACACGGUUCUUUGGGUUCACUGAAAUUAAACUAAAUAUCCUCAGAGCAUGCAUCAACUUCUCCGAGGCACUUCCAGAUUUCGAGGGCGUUCUAAAAUUCUCCGGCGAUCUUUUGCGAACUGCUGGCUCUGGAAUCGCUCCCGGUCCCAAGCGCGAAGACGUCGCGCCACACAUCGACAAGGAGGAGCAGAACCGCCUUGUAACGAACAUAGCGCGAACAACUGUUCUAACGGAGCGAAUUGGCCUAGAAGGCCUCGCAGCCGAGUACUGGGAUGAAUUCCUCGUUCGGGGCAUCGCGUUGGAGCCGCCACCCAAUACGCGAACCCCGAUUCCUCACGCAAAGAGCGUACUCCCCGGCGCGAAUGCCUCGAGGGCUUCACAAGACGUCAAUCCGUUCAUUUAUAAUCCUUUCUUGAAGGAGCCCGCCGAGGUGGCUGCGGAGAACCUUGUAGCUGGCGAGUUGGCCACAUUUAAAGUCACGCUGCAAAAUACAUACGACGUAGAGGUCGACAUUGAAAACAUGCGGCUUGACACUGAGGGUGUGGAGUUUGAAUCAGUUCCAGAACAUGUCGUUUUAGGACCUUAUCGAACGCAAGUCGUGCGACUGAAGGGUCGUCCAAAGGCUUCCGGCCCCAUCAAGGUCACCGGCGCCGUGGUCAAGAUACGCGGUUGUCGAGAACGCAGAUUUCCCACUUUUCCGAAGCAUUGGACGCCAUCUCGGGCCGAAAAGAUUAAAUGCAAGGGUCCGCCUGCACUAGACAGCAGCAGCAGGACGGCACCUGUAAAACCAGAACCCGAAGUCCUUGAUCUCAAUGUCAUCCAACCCCAGCCGCUAGUCGUUGUCAAGUCGACCAGUCUUGCUCAGUCGUCGGUCAUGAUGCUCGAGGGCGAGAGACAAGUUUUCACUGUAACGAUGCAAAACACAUCUACCACUACGCCCGUGGACUUUUUGCUCUUUUCCUUCAAGGAUUCCACGCAGGGCCCGCUGCAGACAGCGCUGGACAAUCGAGAUGCUACGCCGGCUGAGCUCUACGAGUAUGAAUUGGUACUCAUGAAGAACCAGGCCCUAAGGCUGCCGCGGAACGGCCAAUACCGAUAUAUGCCGCCGGGUGGAGAGGCAACCUUUGAGUUUGAGAUUCUGGGCAAGCCAGGUCUAACGCACGCCACGAUUCAGGCGGACUAUACAUGUCUUGGUGUUCCACGGGACGAUGUGACCGAACAAUUCUACACGCGCCAAGUAUUGCUGGACUUGACCGUCACGGUGAAUGCCAGUGUGGAGCUUUCUCGCAUCGACGCUGUCCCAAUGCAAGGGCAGCUACCGUCGGCCUUUUCAAAAAGACUUGGGGGCGAUGAAAAGGAAAAAGGGGCCUCGACAGAAAGGUACUUCCUGCUAACCGCAGAUGUGCGCAACGCCUGGCCAAGUCAAAUGUCGAUCCAGCUUGAAGGCGAAGAUGGAAUGACGGUGGAGGACAGCAUUCUCCCCGGAAAGACGAGCCGGGUCGUCAUUCCCAUGAGAAGAGUAUACCUCGAAGACCCCCACGAACCAGUGCCAAGUCUUGAUCCGUCACGCAAGAGGCAAUUCGUCGUCAGCGCCAGCAAAAUCUCGCCCGAUAUGGAGCGUGCGAGUCGCGAGGCGUUUUGGUACCGGGAAAAGCUUCUUGAAAACCUCAAGGCGACGUGGCGGACGACGUCGGUGCCUGAACGAAAUGGUGCGGUGGAACUUCGCAAUAUUCGGCUGACACCCCGAAUGAUAGAAGUCAUUAGAUUUGAUGAGGUGGACAUUACGGUUUCGGUAGACGGAGCACCAGACAAUGUCGCGUACGUGGAUGAGUUUAUGCAGAUGAAGGUGCAAAUCGCAAACCGGGCAGCCAGGCCCAUAUGGCCGCUGGUCAGAUUGAUGCCGGCGCUGUGCCACCGGCCACUCAACGUGGCGCUCGACUACACCAGGAAGUUUGCCUGGAACGGCGCUUUGCAGCAACGGCUCCCCGAACUCAAGGGACACGAAGUCACAGAGUUUGCGAUUGGCGUGACGGCGCUUUGUCGAGGCGAGUUCGAGCUGGCGGCAUCUGUGGAAGAGGUGCAAGUGCUUGACGAGGGGCUGAAGGAAGCUCAAGAGCCGGGACGUCGGCCAUCAGACACCCAAAAGUUGAUGAAUGCUGCACUGGGAGUGAAGGAACGGAGGGUGUGGUAUGCGCGACAGCCUUGCAUUCUGAGAGUCAGGGACAGGGAAUGA